AUGACUAUUAGACAGUUUAAUCCUUCUUUAUUUAACCACCAGACUGCCAUCUGCAGUGGUUAUACAUAUCACUACGUAGAUGAGGGCAAUAAGGAUGGAAUCCCGAUCCUUCUACUUCACGGCUUCCCAGAUUUAUGGUACGGAUGGCGAUAUCAGAUUGAAUACCUUGCCUCAUUAGGUUACUACCGGGUGCUUGUGCCCGAUCUAUUGGGCUAUGGAAAGUCAAGUAAACCACGGUUUGACACUCAAUAUGAUCCUGCGACAGAAACUUGGCAAUAUAACAAGCUGAACACAGAUUAUACACCCAAGAAGGUAGCUAGACAUUUAACCGAGCUGUUGGAUCAUUUGAAGUUGGAGAAAGCAGUGUGGAUAGGACAUGAUUGGGGCUCGGGUAUUGUGUCAAGGGCAGGAUGGCAUUUCCCGGAACGAGUACAUGCUGCUAUUGCUAUCGGCAACCCUUUCCGCCCAAUCUCAAAACGUAUGGUUUCUAUAGAAGAAUUUGUAAAAGAAAACCCAGCUUUUCAGUACUUCCAUUAUUUUGCAAGUCAAAUUGCAGCAUCCGAGAUGGAUUCGAUGGUAGAGGAUGUUGUAGGUAGCCUAUUCCUUGAUGAAACUGGUAACACAAGUGAGGACCGGGCAUAUUACAUCCAAAAUCUCAAGGAAGGAGGGUUCUAUGGCCCACUCGCGUACUACAAAAGUUUCGAUAUCAGCUAUCGAGAAGAUCUACACCUUGCAGGGUCGCGUUUCACAGUGCCAGCGCUGUUGUUGAUCGUGAACAAUGAUCCGAUCCUUACACCCGAAUAUUGUAAAAAUGUGCCUAAGGAUUACUUUGAUGAUCUUGAGGUGGAUGAGAUUGAAUAUGGAGAACAUUGGGUUUUGACUCAGAACCCAGAUAUGGUCAACAAAAAGAUUGGUAAUUACCUUGAACGGCUCUUUGGUUCGAACGGAGGUAUACGUAGGAAGAGCGCAAGCACAACAAGAGACUUGAGAUCAAUGCAAUAUCGGCACCAGCAUCAUUACCUAGAUGCGAAGUUGCAUCAAGAGUCACAUAAAGAGCAGCCAGAAGAACCUUCUAUGGUACGAGAGCAGCCAAGGCUACAUGGGUAUCAUCACAGCUCUCAUAAUGCGCACACUCAGCGUUCCCAUCAUCACCAUGAAAAGAAUGGGAAUAGUCAAUUCUAUGGACGGAGCAAACUGUGA